CCGAACUUCCCAUCACUAGUAUGAAGCGCACCAAUAGGAGCUGGACAAAGAGGCGGCGGUGGUAAACGGGAAGUUGGAAGAAAAAGAGAAACAAAAAAAGUUUAUUGCACAAACGACACCUGGAUAACUAACUAACACGCGCGCAUGAAGUGUUUGCAAUGGUGCCCACGUCUUACGCGAAGUACCACAUUAAGCAGGAAUGAUUUCUAUUAAUGCCCCGUAAAGCCACAAAGACAGAGAAGCCUCCCCUGCUGUUCCUGGAGCGGUCUUUGUGUGGAGCCAGACUCCAAAAUGUGCCUGAAGUCCGAGCAGCACUCAACCCCAAAGACUUCUUCACGGAGAGCCAAGAGCAGCACAGCUCAGCCCUCACGUCUUGGGUAAGCCCACAGUUUGACUCUGCUGCAGCUGCACCUCCAGUGAGACGAGGGAGGAGAAAAUGCCUCUCUGCCACGAGCAUCCUCGACAGCUGCAGUCAGCUUUCCAGGAAAAACACAGUGUGCAAGUUCCCCUCGUUGAAAUUUCAGACAAGGUCAAGAGAGCAGUCUCAUCAACCAAAGGGCACAAGGAAACCUGCAGAGUGUACUGUUGUGUCUGACACGGGGAAUCAACCACGGGGAUCAUGCCAAAUCAGGCGGACGGUUUCGAGUGCACAGUGCUCAGACACACCAAAGAGACAGACGACGUCAAUCAGAAAAAGAAACGCAGAGAGCUUUUCCUCCAGCAGAUCUUCGGGCCGACCUGAAACAACAUCUGUGACAGGGAGAUGCAGAAUCGCAGCAAACGGUUCUUCAACACCUGCCUCCAAUGAGGUCAGCGGUGUUAGCCCACCACCACCACCUGAUGUGGACACUCCAAAAGUAAUUCAAGAAGCGAGAAGUGCUUCCUCCUCCUCCUCCUCCUCCACCUGUCUUCACUUGCUGCUACCUGAGCCACCGUGUGAUGAGCCACCUGACAUUCUGGAGGCUGACACACCAGAGAGGGAUUAUGGGCUGAAGGUGACAUGGAGGAGGAGGAAGGGUUUGAUGCUGAUGUUGAAAAAGAGGGGCAAUCUCUCAGACUCAGACGUGUUGAUUCACAGCUGAUGUAGAGAGUUUGUAAGACGAGGAUCAGGCAAUGGUGAUAAAAGAAGAGAACUAUUUUAUUGCACUUACCGGAGCUGCUUCUUUCUUAAGUGUUUCUGACAUUUCAGUUAAUUCUUUUCACUUUGAAAGCUCGUGAUGAGAAGCCGUGCAUGUUAUGCGAUAACUCUCACUCAUGUCCUCUGCACAGCUCUGGUAGUUACGAUUGUAGGAAGACUUAUUGGACAGAUCAAAAUAGAAAUAAUUGCCUCAGUAUCCAAGUAGAAGCUGUUUCCGUAAAUGAGAUUUCCAACAGAUUCUGAUUAUACUCUAUGGUUACGCUGGUUAUGCUGCAAAUCUGCUGUUCAGAUCCAAUCAUGACCUAUAGCAGCACAUGCCUGUUGUUUACGAGCUUUAAUGGAAGAUAUAUGAACAGUGGUUGAUGCGAUAUCAGUUAAAGUUCAAACACUAUCUGUAUAUUUGUCAAUGACAUGAAAUCUCAAUUUGCUGGUCUAAUUGAACCAAGGCUGACACUGGAGGAUAUCAUUUAAACACUGCUGUGUGCGAUGCUCUGUAAGUUCCCCUUUUUUUCUGUCAAACGUGUAAAUAUAUGGAGGUCCAAUAAGCAAA